AAAGUCGCCAUUUUAUUCAUUCGUCAUUGUUCAUCCACUUGUUCUGGAUUAACUGGCUGCUCGUGUGGUUUGUGAAAAAGAAAAUUCUAGGAAACCCGGAAAUAAGUGGUUUUAAAUUUGUGACUACCAGUUUGCUGUAAGUUUUAAAUUCGUGAACAAUAAUGACUGACGCCGAGAAGACCGCACCAGAAACCACCGCCGAAACAAAGGAAACGACCAAAGCGGAAAACGAUGGAACUGAAGGCGAUGUGCAAAAGGACAACGAACACCAACGUACGAUCAAUGUUGGUAACUUGCCGAAAGAUAUUACGGAGCAGCAGCUGCGUGAUCACUUCGCGGGGCAUGAGGUAGAGCGCGUUGAGAUUUAUCACUAUCUCCGCAACACGCUUGCCCUGCUGGUGUUCAAGGAGAAAGCGGCCGCUCAGAAGGCUUGUGAGGAGAAGGAUGGUUCGAUGCUGAAUGAUCGUCGGCUUCGCAUCCAUAUCGAAUACAUUACCAUCCGGUACACCAAGAAGGACGUGAUUGUGGCCGUCUUGGACGAUGAUAUGACCGAGGAGAAGCUGUACGAUCGCGUCAAGGAGCACUGCGAGGUAACGCAGGUGUUCAUUUUCCAUCCGCUCGGCUACGUGCACCUUGGCAAGGAUGUCGAUAAGGCAGCGGUGCUGGAAAAGCUGAACGCCGGCGGGCUGAAGGCGUACGACGUGAAUGGGCGCGAUCAGAACCAGCACGUCGACCUGUGGCGUGCGGCCAAGCUGUUCUUCCGCAACCGCAACCGGGUGCAGCUGCUGAACAUACCCCAGAAGUGGGUAGAAAAUACGGAAGAGCUGAAGAAGGCUUGCUCCGAGGCGGGCACCAUUACCGAGGCCAUCGCUAAUAACGUCAGCCAGGGAUCGUCCAACUAUUACGCGCGCAUUUUCUUCGAAACGGAGGAGCAGGCGGCGAAGGCAGCCGAACUGCUGAACGGCAAAGUGUUCGAAGGCAAGCGCAUCCACGCACUGCAUCUGUCAUCCGCGCUGCUGCCAAACUACAAAACGUCCGUUUAUGUGGCGCCGCUGGAGCGCACUGUCACCGAGGAGGAAGUGUACGAGCAUUUCAAGCAGUUCGGUGAUAUCGAUUUCGUCAACCGGCGCAACUGUGGAGAAAAUGCCAUCGUUUGCUACAAGACGUCGGAGGCGGCAGAGAAAGCGCUUGCCUGCACCACCUUCCCGGCACCGACCGAAGCCAACAAGGAGGCCACCAAGACGGUCACCGUCUUGCGGUACGAUGGGCCGCUGGUGCUGCGUGCCACAAGCGUGAAGCGUAAGGCAGCUAGCGGCACCGCCAAGGGUGCGACCGGUGAAGGCAAGACGCGUGAGUCUCGCCCGGCAGGUGGUUCGGAUCGCGAAAAGUCGCACAAGGACAUCCUGCAGAAGCUGCAGGCGUUCUACCCGGUGUACGUGUCGAACAUUCCGUUCAGCUGCCCGGCGCACGUCAUCCGUGAAUUCUUCUCCGGGGCCGGUGGUGAGGUGAAGUUUAUCUUCUCGCCCCAGCACUACCAUCCGUACCGGCUGAGCUCCCCGCAACCGGUCAAGACGGCGAUGGUGUACUACACGCGCCGCAGCGACAUGCUGAACGCGAUCAAGCAGCUGGAUAAGAAGAUGCUGAACAAUCAGCACCUGCACGUGCUGCCCGGACGCGGAGACUGCAACUUCAGCCAGCAGAAAACGGUAAAGCUGUCCAAGAUCACUGAAUCCCUGUCGGAGGACGCCAUUUUCCGCAAGAUGCGUCCGCUAGGUAAAGUUGUACGUUUGACCAAAAAGAAUCGCUCACUGGCAUUUGUCGAAUUUGCCGACGCUGCCGAUGUUGAGAAGGUCUUGAAAAUGAAGCCGGACGAGCUGGCGAUCAAUUGUGUCUAUUCGAAGAUCACGAAGGACGUCAGCCGCCGGCUGUACAACGAGUCCGAUCCUCGCAUUCUGGGUACGAUCGUGCGCUUGCUGCGCCGCAACCCGAAGAUGCUGAACAAGACCACCGGGGCCGGUCCACUUAUGGGCGGCAAUACUGCCGUUGGCGGUGGUCCCGGUGGAUUCGGUGGUGGCAAACGCCCUCGCAUGAAUGGUCCGCCUGGUGGUUUCGGCAAUGUGCCUCCCUUCAAUCCGAAUGCCGGAGGCAAUAACCUUAAUAACAACCAAGCCAUCCAGGACCUGCUGCGCCUGGCGUUCAUGUCUGGCAAGAACGUUGGCGAAAGUUUGGCCGCCGGCGGUGGCAAUGUUGGUGGCAAUCAGGGCCCCAACCGCGGUGGCGGCGGCGGCGGUUCUUUCAAUAAUGCCGAUCCUCCAAUUUCUAACCAGGGCGGCGGCAACAAUGCCUUCGGUGGUGGUGACGGUGGCUUCGGCGCCGGCGGCGGCGGCGGUGGUGGCGGCCGCAAUAUGAACAAUCGUAAUCAGAACAUGAACUUCCGCGGUGGUAACCGCAACAAUCAGAACAACAACGUCGGUGGCAAUCGAGGCCUCGGCAACAACAGCAACAACAAUGCUGGUGGUAACAAUAAUUUCGGCAACCAGAACCAGAGCGGUGGUGGUAGUGGGCCACGUGGCAGCGGCGGUGCGCUCGGUGGUGGUGGUGGCAACAACAACAGCGGUGGUGGUAUGAUGAACAACCGCAACAUGAAUAACAUGAACAACCGCAACAAUAGCAACAAUAUGAAUAUGAACAACAAGCGCACCGGGGGCAACAACAAUCUGCCGCAGCAGAAUGCCGCCCUCCCGGCUGGCGGCGUUGCUGCCGCCGUCGGUGGAGGCAAUAUGAACAAGGGCGGUGGCAUGCGGGGCAACAACAAUCAGGGCAUGGGUGGAGGUGGCAGUGGAAUGGGCAGCGGUGGGGGUGGUAACAUGAACAUGAACCGUUCGAACAAUAGUAUGGGCGGCGGCAGCGGUAUGGGUGGGGGUAACAACCGCAACAAUCGCAACAACUUCAACGACACCAGCUCGUUUGGCGGUGUCGGCGGUGGCAAUAGUAACUCGUUCGGCGGUGGUAACAACAACUUCUCGAACGACAACUUUGGCGGUGGUCGUAACAACGACAACAGCUAUUCGAACGACAACUUUGGCGGUGGACGUAACGAUAGUUACUCCAGCGAUAGUAACUUUGGCGGUAAUAGCGGCGGCGGCGGCGGAGGCCGUAACAAUUUUGGUGGCAAUCGCAACAACGAUAGCUACGGUAGCAACCGCAACGAUAACUUCGGCGGUAGUGGUGGCGGUAGCUCCAACUUUGGAGGCGGCAACGCGUUCGGCAACAACAGUCGCUUUAGCAACGACAAUGAUGGCCCGUUCAGUGGCAACAGCGGCGGCAAUGCCGUUGGCGGUAACAAUUCCUUCGGUGCGAAUAACCGCGGCAACAAUUCGUCCAACAGCCGCUUCAGUGAUGAUAACAUUGGCGGCGGCGGUUACGGCGGUGGUGGCAACACCAGCAACCGCGGGGGCAAUUUUAACGACAGCGGCAACAACUUUGGUGGCAACAACCGCGGCAGCGGUGGCAACCAGAAGCCCCAGGGUCUGUUCAACCUCGGUGGAGGUGGUGGCUCCGGAGGUGGAAACCUCGGCGGAAGCGGCAACAUGUCGUACAAUAACAAUUUCGGCGGAGGCAACUCGAACAAUUCGGGUGGCAACAAUUUCCGCAACAACGACAACAACAAGGGAGGCUGGAACAGCAACAACAGUGGGCUGGGUGGUGGCCGAUCAAACAACAACCAGGACAAUAUCGGUCGCCUGGCGGGUAGUCUGUUCAGUCGCCGCUUUUAAGCUAAAUAACGUGUGUCGCGCUUUUUGUUGAUGCGAAAAGGCGUUUUUGAAAUAAUAGUUGGUGGUGUUGGUAGCUUGUCCCGCUACGAGCCACGAAGAGGGUGAGCGCAGUGUGUUUUCGAACACACAUACAUAUACGUGCGUGCGUAAGUACCGAUAUAUGAUCUUGACCCAGCACAUGCAUCUGCUGCUAUUUUCUCUUAAGAAUCCUUGACAAACAAAAAUAGUUCAAAGUUGAGAGAUGUUCCGCAAAAUUACCACCCUUCACCAAUAAAGCCCUAACCAACGUGCUACACCCCACCAACGAUAAGAAACUGCCAACAUUCAGGGUGAAUGUUGUUGCCCAGUAGAGUAGGGUUUAAGUUAAGAGAUGUCGACAUAUUUGAUACGAUCGUGAGAUAUCCAUGGUGUAUCAAUUUUUCAGAUAGAUUGAAUUACUUUCUCCCCCCCCCCCCCGUGUAUUAUGUUCAUGCGCCCGCUUAGUUCAUAAUUCUAACGCCGAUGUAACUAGCUUGUUUUACCAGUUUAAUUGUGAACAGAAUUUAUUUAUUUGUAACUCGACAGUUCGCAGUUUGGCACCUCCUUUAGGAGCACUCUUCCAUUUAUUGUUUUGUUUAGCAUUGACGGAAGAGGAAAAUCCUUCCCUCUUGUACUGUCGGACAUGCAAAUUUUUAACUAAACUCAUUUUAUGUAAGGUAUAUAUCGUAGGCAGUGCACAGAUACUUAGGAUUAAUUGGAUACAUGAUUAAGGCAAACCGCACGCGCGAAGGAGACUACCAAGCUAAACUAGGAUUACAUGUUUCACCUUAACAUUACAUUCUUUAGAAAUGUAUUUGAAAUGAAAUGCGCUUCACAAGUAGUAAAUCGAGCUAGGAAUGAUGCAAAUACAUGAUAACAAAGAAGUCGAUUCGUGAUUGGUUUUGUGGCACUAGUGUACGAGAGACAGAGAAAGAGCUUGAUGUGCUGUGCUGUGCGAUGUGGUGGCUGGCGUUACGCUCCACCAUUAUUUAACACUUUAUUCUACAACUUCUGAUUCGUCGUCGCAAAAGUGUAUCACCUUUGUAGUAUGACAGGCGACGAAACGGUUUUACACCGACUCAAACCUUUAGUGAUCUUUUUAACACUGUUUUGUAGUGAUGCUUGAAAAAUAGACUCAUAUUUUCUUUGCCUUUCCUGCUGAUUGGUUGGUUGAAUAGUUCCAAAGCACAGAGGAUCGCUGAUAACUACAAUCUAAAACGAAAUUCAUAACAGUUUGAAUGAGUCAACCGCAAAUAAAGAAGUGUAUCAUUUACGAGGCAACUGCAUGAUCAGCUGCAGCUGCUGCAUGAAUUCAAUGCACGCACAUUGCCCCCGAUCCGUACAGCAAACGAUGGUAAAUAAUAGCUGUUCUCUUGCGAACUUAGCACGUUUUUUUUUGUAAAUAAUAGUUCGGCACUCAAACUUAGCAUCGGGUUUGAAUAAACCACAACGUGUGUAAAAAAUUCACCUGAUAAUGGUUUUUAUUAAAACACAUUAUCAAUUUUCUUGAACAUGUUUAACAAGCACCACAUCCACACAAGAUCGUACUGCAAUUAGCCCAAAAGCUUCAAUCACAGCUUGGUCGAUCGUACUAAGUGUAGAAAUAUGCAUUGUGUAUUAUUCCAGAAUAAUUGGAAUAAGUUAUAACGGGGCACAUAUUUAGAGUCUCUCAGUUCAAAGCACUUAGUAGAAGAGAGACCGACCAAUAACCUCUGUUGCUAGCGGGCGGUCCCAGCCAAAUACAUUCGCUCUUGAAUUGUGUGUAUUGUGCAUCAUAUUUGGCAAGAAAGUUAGGUGGUUUGCGCAUGUCAUAACAGAAUCGAUUUAUAAAUAGUGAAAAACAUGUACAACAACAAGAUCAGUCAGUGUCAGUCAGUCCAUCUCGAGUGUACACCACGUGUAUGUUGACUAUCGGCUGGUGUGUAUCGGCACACGUGUUCUUUUUCCCUGAGACAGUACCGACAUCGUUGCCAAUUGAUAGGCGCGCGCAUAAGUGUGGAACGGUAAAUAUGAUUGUGUCGUGGAAUGAUUGAAAAGCAUGAUGGUAUUUAUAAUUAAAAUAAUAUGCUCAAACCCGACGCAACUACUUCGUGCGGCGUUUCUGCUAAAAGAAGAAGAGGAGAGAACACACGGAUGCUAAUUCCUAGCAGAAAAGCAAACCCCGUAAGCUAAUACAA